CUCCACCUCCUCCCCUGCCAUAUUUGCGGGAUUGGAAGAGAAAGCCUUCUGCUGAUUGUCUGUGAAGACAAAGUGACAGUGAUUGUGGGAGGGGGGAAAUUUCUCCUCAGGAUCUAAUUCUUUUCGACUAGAGCACUGAGAGGAUGGAGGCUACUGUAUCUAAUCAAGAAUUUCAGCUUCAAGAAGUCUUGGAACGGGCUGAAAAAAAUAAACCAGAUAGUCCAUUCUUCACUGAUUUCGAAAUAAAUGAAUUACAUAGUAAUCCAUCAAGGAAAGAAUCUCCCAACACACCUCAUCAUAGUUCAGACACAAGUGGAAGAGGGUUGGACAGCAAAUCCUCAAAUUAUUUUACAUCCUUGGAUUCAACUGUUGGAGAUUUAGAACAAAGAACCCAACAACUUAUUGAUAAGAUUAAUGAAAAUCGGAAACAAGAUCAUGUAUUCAUGAACAAUUGUAGAGAAAGUCUUCUGAUGAAGGUUUCAAGCUUGGCAGACAAGUUGGAAGAAAAGGUUUUUCAUGUUUAUGACCAUAAUAGCAAGAUUAUUCAGGAUAAGCUCCAAGAGCUUUCUGAUAUCAUGGAGAGGAUCAGACAGAUUGAAACUGAGCUCAAGCAAGUCUGUCACACUGUGGAGAAGUUAUAUAAAGAUCUGUGUGGUCAGUCCGAACUAUGAUUACAUGCAGAGGAAAAGGAAGAGGAAAAGCAAAAGCAAAUACAAAUACAAAAAACCAAAACCUGAAUCUAUAUGCUAAGAACAGAAGACACAACGUUUAGGUUUUAUAAGAUAUAUAAGAUACUCAGUAACAAUUAAUCCACCAUGCUUGUACUUAUUCAGAGUGGAAAUUAAUA